CACAAAAACAUCGCACGCGCAUUGACCAUCUCUAGCCAGCUGUUACGUCACGGCCAAACAGCUGUUGGACGCAGAUUUUUACCGAAAAAUAAUGAACUUCCUGAAAAAGUUGGUGCCCCACAUGGCGCUGGCCGAGACGCAGCUCCACAAAUCGGCGGCCCUGCACACUAGUGCAGUGUGCUGUCGGGUGCAGUCGGGCCGCUACCGCAUAACCACAAAGCGGAACAGGCCGCUAACCUACGAGAUGGCCAAUCCACCGCAUUUCAUUGGACACCGCAAGUCCUGGAACUCGUGGAACACAUCUACACUGCAGGAUUCGCAGCGUCCGUCACAGACGGCCAUUGAGGAUUUGUUCAUAAGGAAGUUCAUCACCGGCACCUGGCAUGCACUGGUCUGCUCCGAGAUUAUCAUUAAGCGCCAACACAACACAAUACGCAUCGCUUCGAUCAUCCGCCAGGCCAUCAGUCCACGCAAAAUGUAUUUUCUUAUUGGCUACACGGAGGAACUGCUCUCCUACUGGAUGCAAUGCCCCGUCACGCUGGAACUGCAAACGGUGGCCGACAAGAAGGACGUGGUCUUCAAAUACAUUUAGUUGCUUACGCUCUUUACUCGUGUCCUUAAUAAACAUUUUGUAGAAUUA